AUGACGAACAAGAAAAGCAAUCUUGUGGAAAGACGUCUGUAUGAAUAUGCAUUACGUGCUGUUUGUUCUCCGUUGCAUGUUAUUGAGCCAGGAAUGACAAGUGAUCAACUCACCACUCAUAUUGCUAAACUUUUCAAUGUCGAUCUCGAAGAACAUGAAAUGAAAUAUAUGCGAGCAUUGAGAGCACAAACAUGUCCUGUGAUUUUAUUCGUUGACGUGAAAAAGGCCCGUAAUCUCCCUGGUGAAGACCAAAACGGUCUCAGUGAUCCCUAUUGUAAAGUUAGUGUCGUCUACUCAUCCCGCAAAGGUGAAACUUCAGGCGAGAAGGGCGUGUCUUCAUCGUAUUUAUCGUCUGAUGAAUCACCCCCUCGAAUGAAGCGAAGUCGAUCAUUAUUCUUCUCUUGUGCUGCUUCGCCAUCGAAAACUAAAGUGAAAAAUUCAUCGACAUUGCGAACACCACGAAGUAGUCGCCGAAAGCCGUCGAAAGAUCAUACAGCAGCAAUGGCAUCAGAUAAAAGCAGAUCAUUGUCAACGGUUACUUAUCGUACAGAAGUUUGUCCGGAAACACUUAAUCCCGAAUGGAAUGAACAUUUCGAAUUUGAAAUUGAAAACAUUGAUGAACAAUUUUUGCAUAUUACUGUAUAUGACUCAGAUCGUGGCCAAAUACCAGCAAUGAAAACGAUAGUUCAGGAAAAGCGCGGCAUGUCACGGAAAAUUCGUGGCAUUCGAACUCUGUUUACCACAGGUGAAAUCGAAGAUGAUUUUCUCGGUCAGUUCACCAUGGAUAUCAAAAAAUUAGCUUCGUGUGAAAGUGAACAAUGGUUCGCGUUAACUGGAUUGAAGCAAACUCGUGCAAGUGAUAUAAAACCACGUGGUGAAAUCUACUUGGCGUUAAAAGAUGAUAAGAACACUGCAGAUCGCAUACCUAUAUCUACCAGCAAUUCAGUACAAUUUCGCCGUCGCCAUUCUACUUUAUCGUCGACCAGUCAAAUAUCCUCAUCGAUUAUACUACGUUCGAGUAUUUUCCGAAAGAAUUUUCGUCCAUCAUCCCUUCAAGCCCGUGAUUAUACAAGAACGAAUAUUUUCGAUAAUGACAGUCAAGGAAAUUCUGGUCAGAUUGAUUCAUGUUUAACACCAACAACUGAUUCUGACUUACCUUUAUUAAUCGAAGAAUAUCAUCAACUGUUCCGAAUUAUCAUGCUUCAUCAACUGGAAGAUGCACGAGACGCAAAUAAAGACAAAUCGAAUGGCUUAGUAAUUGAUUGGGAUGGAGCAUUGAAUGAAUUAUCCUAUUGCGUUCUCGUUCAAUUUCGAGUUUUGUACAACAUAUCAACACUAUCUGAAACAUUUAUACAACUGCUCGUCAUUAUGGAACUUCGAUGUUCGGAAGAUUACGCCUUAUUUAUCAGUCAAGGUGUGAUCGAAGCAUACUUACGUUUGUUUAUGGAGAAAGUUCAACAGAAAAUCGACAAUAAGGAUCUUGGAUUAACUGACUACGAAAAAACUGUAUUCAAAGAAAUACUGUACCUAUUUAUUGGACAUUACAAACAACGUGUUCAUUGCGAUGCACCCUGGUUUCUCCCUUCGAAAGAAAACCUGCCGAAUAUUAAAAGUAUAUUUGAAACUCUUUGUACGUUGUUUCAACUGAAAAUUUGUGCGAAUAACGAGCAAAUGAUGCGAACGCACCUGGAAGAAACAAUCAAAACCCGCCUUCAUACAGAUAUCAAUGAUACAUUUAGUUUACACUCGUUUGUUUUCAACGACAAAGAAGAUAUUCAACUGAAUAAUAUUCGAGAUUUUCUUGAAUAUGUGAAGAAGUUAGCUGAGUCGACGGCACUUCUACCAGAAUACACGAAAAUAUUUGAACCAGUCAAUACAAACUAUAUCAAAAUCUGCUUUUUCGACACCAAUAGUGCAGCUGAUCGCUUAUCUGAAUUGACCAUGUGUUUAUUGACAAAUAUGACCGAUAGCUUUCAAACAUAUUCAAAGCCAGUUGUUAAAGCUACAUCGUCGAUAUAUGAUCCAAAUCUAAUUCAAAAUUCCAUUGUUCUUCUAAACUUAUAUUUAUAUUUACAAACCAUUGUCACAGCGCUUCGGAAUAAUCUUGAAACACGGGAUUGGGCAAUCAAUGCAUUUCGAUUGAAAUUAAUCGAAUAUCGCCAAUGGUUCUCACCAACGAUGAAAUUUCUAUUAGAAGGUUUCGUUGCAAACAUUCGACAAGCCAUGGAACGAGCUGUCGAAGAUGACAGUGAACUCAUACCGGAAGAAGACAUAGUUCUUUACUCACGAUCAUCGAUGGCAGCAACCAGUUUAUGUAUCAAACUCUGUCGAGAAUGGGAAGCGAUUGAUUAUCCGGAAAUAAACGUUCGCUAUACAGCAUUGAUUAAAUUAACGAAUACAAUUUGUGAACAAUGUCAACAUUACGCCAGACGAACGGCACGCAAAUUGUCAGAAAAUCGAUAUUUUACAGAUUUGAAUCGCACUAGAUCAUUUAAUGUUUCGAAAAAAUUAUGCAUGUUAGUUAAUGAUAUUGAAUAUGUGAAACGAAAUGUUUUGUCAUCACUACCGAAUCUAUUGAAUUUCUCUGGUGUUAUCGAAAGAAUGAUUGAAAACUACGAGUCCGAUGAUUUUCGUCAGACAAAAGUGACACUCGAACGUUUAAUAGCCACAGCUGAAAACGAAAUGACUGACGUUAUUAAAUUAAUAUUCGAACGUGUAGCAGAUCUAGUUCACGCAUCAUUACAAGGCAAAAUCGUCAAUUAUUACCGUGACGAAAAAGCUGCCAAAGUUGAUUGUAUGAAAGAAGUAAAUAAGUACGUUGAUCAAGAAAUUCUACAUCAAUUAUAUAAAGGUCUCGAACCAGUUCAAUAUUCUCGUGUUGCUUGUGCAAUACGAAUCAAAACAUUACAAUGUUUACGAGAAUUGUUACCAUUACAAGAACCACCUGUCUUCUAUGAACGAGUCUUGCAAUCAUUCGAUCAGUUGGCAGCUUAUUUCGAAGCUGUAUGCCGAGAGGAACCACAUUUGCCUGGUCCACCAUGUGAGGAAAUCGCAGCACUGCGAUCGACACUUCAGACGUGCGCAUUGACUACUGAACAAUUACAGUUGUGUUAUUUUCGUGAAAUAGCUCACAAAACUUCCUCACAUGAGUUUUCAACAAAUAAUGGUGAAAUCAUUUUUCGUACCGCUUAUGAAAUCGUCAACAGUCUGGUUACAAUUCAUGUUUUUAUUCUUUCCUGUCGGGACCUACCAAAGAUGGAUUUAAUUGGUACAUCGGAUCCCUAUGUUAUUCUUGAACUCCUACCACCCUCAUUUUACCAGAAAACACCGAAAGAAUAUAAGACAAGUAUACAAAAACGUACUCUUGAUCCAGAAUUCAAUGAACUAUUUCAAUGGCAUCGUCUUCCGUUGAAUAUCUUACAUGAACGUGGAGCUGUUCUACGUUUGAGCGUAUGGGAUGAAGACUAUGUAAAUGAUGAUUUUAUUGGAGAAUGCUUUGUCCCAUUAACAAAUAUUGAAUCCUUGAAAAAUCUGGCAUCGCUACGUGAUGUGCCCAUUUCCGAAGUUCGCCUACGGCGACCUCAUAAAAAUAUCCAACCACGUGUAUUCGAGUUAAUUCGAAAUCGCGCAGCAUUCGAUGAACAAGCCGCUGUUUUUCUUAAACAACGCACUGCUGUGAUGCAAUCAGAUAAUCCUCGAAGACAAGAUCCAGGACAGCGGCAUAGUUCACAAGCGUCAUUAACCGAUUCCAUUCAAACACAGUAUCAACUAUGGAGUAUAUGGAAAUGGAAGAGAGCAAAUACUGAAAGUUCAGUCGAAUAUAACGAUGACAAUAGUUCAACUCAAUAG